CUCCCUCCCUCCCCCCUCCCAUUUACUGAAGCAUCUCCCACCUUGGCUCAAUCCUUCCCAACCACAGAAGAAAAGUUCUUGGGGAAGGGGAGAGCCAAACCCUUCCCACAGAUCACAGAGGAAGGACCUGCAGUGGCUGCCAACCCCCAUGGAAGCUCCAGAUAGCGGAUAACAGCAGCGGCAGCGGUAAUACUAACAGAGGAAAAGAAGGAAGAGAAGGAGAGAAGAGCUCCACCGCGUGCUCCUGCAUGGAACCGGCGCCGCACGGGCGCGGAGGCCCUGACGAAGGCCCUUCCUCCUCUUCCGCCGCCGCCGACCCAACCCCUGAUCCUCCUCAAUCUCCACAGCAGCCACCUCCUCUUCCUCCUCAGCAGCAGCGGCAACCGCUGAGUCGGUACGAGUCGCAGAAGAGGCGAGACUGGAACACGUUCCUGCAGUACCUGAAGAACCACAAGCCGCCGUUGACGCUCGCGAGGUGCAGCGGCGCGCAUGUGAUCGAGUUCUUGAAGUACCUGGACCAGUUCGGGAAGACGAAGGUGCACUCCCCAGGAUGCACCUUCUUCGGCCAACCCAACCCGCCGGCCUCCUGCGCGUGCCCCCUCAAGCAAGCCUGGGGCUCCCUCGACGCCCUCAUCGGCCGCCUCCGCGCCGCCUACGAGGAGAACGGGGGCCGGCAGGAGUCCAACCCCUUCGCCGCCCGGGCCGUCAGGAGUUACCUCAGGGAGGUGCGGGAGAGCCAUUCGAAGGCUCGUGGCAUCCCCUACGAGAAGAAGAAGCGGAAGCGAGCACGGUCUUUGGCCGCCGAGGGGAGUUCGGGCGGCGGAGGGGAGCCGUCCACUAUGGCUCCACCUGCUGCGGGCGGGACUAUUAGUGCCAGUGACAGCAGUAGCGGGGGCGGCGGCGCUAUGAGUUCCGUGGUGGGAGAGAUCAGACCAGGCUGCGAUCAGCCCGGUGGUUCAUCAUCCGUUUCAUGACUGCGCAUUAGUGCUGGUAUGAUCGCCUCAAAGACAUGUUAUUGUUGACGCCACAGAAGAUGGGCGAAACGGAGAACUUAGAGCUCUCUCUCUCUCUCUCUCUCUCUCUCUCUCUCGAAACGGAGAACUUAGAGCUCUCUCUCUCUCUCUCUCUCUCUCUCUCUCUUCUAAUUAACUGGUCAAAAGAAUUACUAACCUGUUCUAUUUCAAUUGCUUCCUUAGUGAUUCCUCCUCAUCUUUUGCUUGCACUACUGGAUUUGAAGUUGAUACAGUUUUCUUUCUCAGCU